AUGACAAGACUAGACGGCCCAGCAGCAGCAGCCGCAGCAGCGCGCGCGGCCGCCUCCGCGCGCCCCACGCCCGGCCCCGCGCCGAUCCUCAUAACCGGCUUCGAGCCCUUCGGGGGGGAGAGCACGAACCCGUCCUCGGCGGCGGCGGAGCGCGCCGUCGCCCUGCUGAACGACAGCGGCGUGCCGGCCGUAUUUCUCGAAGUGCCGUGCGUGUUCGCGACCGCCGGCAGCGUGGUGCAGGCCGAGGCGGAGCGCAUCGGCGCGCGCAUCGUCAUCUGUGCCGGGCUCGCGGGCAACCGCGCGCGCAUCUCGCUCGAGCGCAUUGCUAUCAACCUCAACGACGCCCGGAUCGAGGAUAACGCCGGCGCGCAGCCCGUCGACGAGGAGGUGCUUCCGGGCCUCCCGCUCGCCUUCGCCACCCGCCUGCCCGUCAAGCGUGCGCUGCGCGCGCUGAACGCUGCGCGCAUCCCCGCCGAGCUCUCCUUCUCCGCCGGCAGCUUCGUGUGCAACGCGCUCUUCUACUACACGCUCGCCAAGCUCCCCGUGGGCACGCCAACCGGGUUCGUCCACGUGCCCCUCGCGUCCGAGAUGGGCGUCGACAAGCAGGCGCGCGCGCUGGCCAUCGUCGCGCGCGAGACGGUCGCGGCGCUCGAGGAGUCCGCGGCGGCCGGGCGAGUCGUCGACUUCCGCUUCGCUGCUGGCGUUGAGAGCUAG